AACGAAAUCCCUUCCUUGGUAUUGCAGCAUCAGCUUCAUGUUCAUUCUGUUAUCUCUCGCUUCAUAUAAAAACCCUUCACAUGCAAAAUCCUUUCUGCACUUGCACCUUCCGUUUCAUAAUCCUCUCUCUCUCAAACCAAAACGCACGAAGUUGCGUUGCAUCUGAAAUUUAACUCGACGGUGCAAUGGCGAAGGCUAUAGCUGAUGCUGAGUAUGUGAAGGAAAUUGAGAAGGCUCGUCGUGACCUUCGCGCUCUUAUCUCUAGCAGAAACUGUGCCCCUCUCAUGCUUCGAUUAGCGUGGCAUGAUGCUGGUACCUAUGAUGUUAAGACAGGAACAGGAGGCCCCAAUGGUUCUAUCAGGAAUGCACCAGAGUUGAAUCACGCAGCAAACAAGGGGCUGCAAACAGCAGUUCUGUUCUGUGAGGAAGUGAAGGCCAAACAUCCAAAAGUUUCAUAUGCUGACCUUUACCAGCUAGCUGGUGUUGUUGCAGUAGAGAUCACAGGGGGACCAACUAUCGACUUUGUUCCAGGAAGAAAGGAUUCAUUGGAAUCUCCAGCAGAAGGGCGUCUUCCAGAUGCCAAACAAGGUGCAUCGCAUUUAAGAGAAAUCUUUUAUCGCAUGGGGCUAAGUGACAGAGACAUUGUGGCUCUAUCUGGAGGUCACACUUUGGGAAAGGCACAUAGAGAUCGUUCUGACUUUGAAGGGCAGUGGACAAAGGACCCUUUGAAGUUUGAUAACUCAUAUUUUGUAGAAUUACUGAAAGGGGAAUCAAAAGAUUUAUUGAAACUUCCCACUGACAAGGCUCUAGUUGAAGAUCCUAUCUUUCGCAAGUAUGUUGAACUGUAUGCAAAGGAUGAGGAUGCUUUUUUCAAAGAUUAUGCAACCUCGCACAAAAAACUCUCAGAGCUUGGCUUCAUUUUGAAGAAUCACCGUUCCAUAUUAGCCAAGGGAAUUAUAGGAUUUGGUAUUGCCUUAACUGCAGUGAUCUUGGGUUACUUACAUGAACUAAACAAACCAACCAAUUGAAGAAUAUAUAUAUAUAUAUACAUAUAUAUAUAUAUAUAUAUAUAUAUAUAAACUUAAAUUCAUGUAUGAUAUAGUUCCCAGUACACGACACAUGGCUGGUUUUCGUAUGUCUUAAAAAUAAAAAUGUUUGAAUUGUAAUGAGAAAUCUGUAUUGUAGUGUUAUAACUAAACCAUAAAUUUGGU